AGCAGGGAAACCAGGAAUUAUUUUGAUUCCGCCCAGGGCAGGGCUGCUGCAUUUGCUCUGAGACCAGCACCCAGGGGGACGGUCCAGCUGGGAUUUUGCUCAGGCCUCCGUCUGCCCACUGGAAUGGCCUGGGGUCUAAGAAACGCCUAGCUUUCCAUCCCCACCUGUCCCCAUGGAGGGAGACUGAGAUGGCACUGGAUGAACCGGAGCUCGACUCGUUCAGGAGACAGGUGGGGUAGUCUGUUCCACCCUGCUCCUGGCCUCCUGCCCCACCCCGUUCCUCCUUCCGGGUUGAUUGACUUAUGUGCAAUUUGGGACCCUGGAGUUUUCCUUCCUGCUGUGGGCUGGAAGAGAGCCUCUGGUUUUGCAAGAAGGAGGCUGAAUGAGGCAGAGACGCUGAACUCUGUCCGAGAGGCCCAGUUAGAGCUGCUGGAGGCAGCAAGACCCCGCGGGCCGGGGAGCAGGGAGCGGGGCCCAGUACUGAGGAUGGCCAGGCAGCAGCAGCCGCCGCCCUGGGUCCGCGCAGCCUUCCUGCUCUGCCUCCUCAGCCUCAGCGGGGCCAUCGAGAUUCCUAUGGAUCCAAGCAUUCAGAAUGAGCUGUCCCAGCCCCCGACCAUCACCAAGCAGUCAGUGAAGGACCACAUCGUGGAUCCCCGUGAUAACAUCUUGAUUGAGUGUGAAGCAAAGGGGAACCCGGCCCCCAGCUUCCACUGGACUCGCAACAGCAGGUUCUUCAACAUCGCCAAGGACCCCCGGGUGUCAAUGAGGAGGAGAUCCGGGACCCUGGUGAUCGACUUCCGCAGUGGGGGGCGGCCCGAGGAAUAUGAGGGGGAAUACCAGUGCUUUGCCCGGAACAAAUUUGGCACGGCCCUGUCCAAUAGGAUCCGCCUGCAGGUGUCCAAAUCUCCCCUGUGGCCCAAGGAAAACCUAGACCCUGUCGUGGUUCAAGAAGGUGCUCCCUUGACCCUCCAGUGCAACCCCCCACCCGGACUUCCGUCCCCAGUCAUCUUCUGGAUGAGCAGCUCCAUGGAGCCCAUCACCCAAGACAAGCGCGUCUCCCAGGGCCACAACGGAGACCUGUAUUUCUCUAACGUGAUGUUGCAGGAUAUGCAGACAGACUACAGCUGCAAUGCCCGCUUCCACUUUACCCACACCAUCCAGCAGAAGAACGCGUUCACCCUCAAGGUCCUCACCAACAACCCCUAUAAUGACUCGUCCUUAAGAAACCACCCUGACAUAUACAGUGCCCGAGGAGUUGCAGAAAGGACCCCCAGCUUCAUGUACCCCCAGGGCACGGCGAGCAGUCAGAUGGUACUACGUGGCAUGGACCUCGUGCUGGAGUGCAUCGCCUCCGGGGUCCCGACACCAGAUAUCGCGUGGUACAAGAAAGGUGGGGACCUCCCAUCAGACAAGGCCAAGUUUGAGAACUUUAACAAGGCUCUGCGCAUCACCAACGUCUCCGAGGAGGACUCUGGAGAGUAUUUCUGCCUGGCCUCCAACAAGAUGGGCAGCAUCCGGCACACGAUCUCGGUGAGAGUAAAGGCUGCUCCCUACUGGCUGGACGAACCCAAGAACCUCAUCCUGGCUCCUGGCGAGGACGGGAGACUGGUGUGUCGAGCCAAUGGGAACCCCAAGCCCACCGUCCAGUGGAUGGUAAACGGGGAACCUUUGCAAUCGGCACCACCCAACCCAAACCGCGAGGUGGCUGGGGACACCAUCAUCUUCCGGGACACCCAGAUCAGCAGCAGGGCUGUGUACCAGUGCAACACGUCCAACGAGCACGGCUACCUGCUGGCCAACGCCUUCGUCAGUGUGCUGGACGUGCCCCCUCGGAUGCUGUCACCCCGGAACCAGCUCAUUAGGGUGAUCCUGUACAACCGGACGCGGCUGGACUGCCCGUUCUUUGGGUCUCCCAUCCCCACACUCCGAUGGUUUAAGAACGGGCAAGGCAGCAACCUGGAUGGUGGCAACUACCAUGUCUAUGAGAACGGCAGCCUGGAAAUCAAGAUGAUCCGCAAAGAGGACCAAGGCAUCUACACCUGCGUCGCCACCAACAUCCUGGGCAAAGCUGAAAACCAGGUCCGCCUGGAGGUCAAAGACCCCACCAGGAUCUACCGGAUGCCCGAGGACCAGGUCGCCAAAAGGGGCACCACGGUGCAGCUGGAGUGUCGGGUGAAGCACGACCCCUCCCUGAAGCUCACGGUCUCCUGGCUGAAGGAUGACGAGCCCCUUUACAUCGGAAACAGGAUGAAGAAGGAGGACGACUCCCUGACCAUCUUUGGUGUGGCUGAGCGAGACCAGGGGAGUUACACGUGCGUUGCCAGCACUGAGCUGGACCAAGACUUGGCCAAGGCCUACCUUACUGUGCUAGCUGAUCAGGCCACUCCAACUAACCGUUUGGCUGCCCUGCCCAAAGGACGGCCGGACCGACCCCGGGACCUGGAGCUCACCGACCUGGCCGAGAGGAGCGUGAGGCUGACGUGGAUCCCAGGGGACGAUAACAACAGCCCCAUCACAGACUAUGUCGUCCAGUUCGAAGAGGACCAGUUCCAGCCGGGGGUCUGGCAUGACCAUUCCAAGUUCCCGGGCAGCGUCAACUCCGCCGUCCUCCAGCUGUCCCCAUACGUCAACUACCAGUUCCGGGUCAUUGCCAUCAACGAGGUGGGCAGCAGCCACCCCAGCCUGCCCUCCGAGCGCUACCGAACCAGCGGGGCACCCCCUGAGUCCAAUCCCGCCGACGUGAAGGGAGAAGGGACCAGAAAGAACAACAUGGAGAUCACGUGGACGCCCAUGAAUGCCACCUCUGCCUUUGGCCCCAAUCUGCGCUACAUCGUCAAGUGGCGGCGGAGAGAAACCCGAGAGACGUGGAACAACGUCACAGUGUGGGGCUCCCGCUACGUGGUGGGGCAGACGCCUGUCUACGUACCCUAUGAGAUCCGGGUCCAGGCUGAAAAUGACUUUGGGAAGGGCCCUGAGCCAGACACUGUCAUCGGCUACUCCGGGGAAGAUUAUCCCAGGGCUGCGCCCACUGACGUUAAAAUCCGAGUCCUGAACAGCACAGCCAUCAGCCUUCAGUGGAACCGCGUCUAUCCCGACACGGUGCAGGGCCAACUCAGAGAGUACCGAGCCUACUACUGGAGGGAGAGCAGCUUGUUGAAGAACCUGUGGGUGUCUCAGAAGAGGCAGCAAGCCAGCUUCCCCGGUGACCGCCCCCGUGGCGUGGUGUCCCGCCUCUUCCCCUACAGUAACUACAGGCUGGAGAUGGUUGUGGUCAAUGGGAGAGGCGAUGGGCCUCGCAGUGAAACCAAGGACUUCACCACCCCGGAAGGAGUACCCAGUGCCCCCAGGCGUUUCCGAGUCCGGCAGCCCAACCUGGAGACAAUCAACCUGGAAUGGGAUCAUCCAGAACACCCCAAUGGGAUCCUGAUCGGAUAUACUCUCAAAUACGUGGCCUUUAAUGGAACCAAAUUAGGAAAGCAGAUAGUGGAAAACUUCUCUCCCAAUCAGACCAAGUUCACGAUGCAAAGAGCAGACCCCGUGUCGCGCUACCGCUUUACCCUCAGUGCCAGGACGCAGGUGGGCUCUGGGGAAGCAGCCACAGAGGAGUCACCAGCACCCCCGAACGAAGCUACUCCAACCGCAGCUCCUCCCACGUUGCCCCCGACUCCGGUGGGUGCGACGGGCGCUGUGAGCAGUACUGAUGCUACUGCCACCGCUGCCACCACCGAAGCCACCACAGUCCCCACCAUCCCAGGUGUCGCACCUACCACCAUCGCCACCACCACCACCACCACCGCCGCCGCCGCCACAACUACAACCACUGCCGCCGCCGCCGCCACCACGGAGAGGCCUCCCGCCACCACCUCCGGGACUAAGAUGCCCGAAUCCGCCCCCGACAGGCAGUCCAUAUGGAACGUCACGGUCCUCCCCAACAGUAAAUGGGCCAACAUCACCUGGAAGCACAAUUUCGGGCCCGGAACUGACUUUGUGGUUGAGUACAUCGACAGCAACCAUACGAAAAAAACUGUCCCUGUUAAGGCCCAGACCCAGCCUAUACAGCUGACAGACCUCUAUCCCGGGAUGACAUACACGUUGCGCGUUUAUUCCCGGGACAACGAGGGCAUCAGCAGUGCCGUCAUCACCUUUAUGACCAGUACAGCUUACACCAACAACCAGGCGGACAUCGCCACCCAGGGCUGGUUCAUCGGGCUCAUGUGCGCCAUCGCCCUCCUGGUACUGAUCCUGCUCAUUGUCUGUUUCAUCAAGAGGAGUCGAGGUGGCAAGUACCCAGUGCGAGAAAAGAAGGAUGUUCCCCUUGGCCCUGAAGACCCCAAGGAAGAGGAUGGCUCCUUUGACUACAGUGACGAGGACAACAAGCCCCUGCAGGGCAGCCAGACGUCCCUGGACGGCACCAUCAAGCAACAAGAGAGUGACGACAGCCUGGUGGACUAUGGCGAGGGUGGCGAGGGGCAGUUCAACGAGGACGGCUCCUUCAUCGGCCAGUACACGGUCAAAAAGGACAAGGAGGAGACAGAGGGCAACGAAAGUUCGGAGGCCACGUCACCUGUCAACGCCAUCUAUUCUCUGGCCUGAUGGAGCCCCUCCGCCCAGGGCACAGCCACUACUUUGCAAGUGGGAGGAGGGGAGAGGGGGAGAUGAAGCCACUACAGACCUACCACACAGCCACCACCACCUUCAGGGACAAGGGUACCACGUGGGGGUCUGCCAAGCUGUGAGGACCAGUGACCACCCAGCCAACCACAAGCCCCCUCCCGCUGACCCCCCCUGCACCCCCGAGGUGCCACCAUGUGGGAGAGCUAGAGUCCUGGCUAAGCUCAGCUGGAGGGACCCUAGUCCUUUGCUCAGCUUCACAGCCACCUUGAGCCUUCCACCCCCGCUGCCCGCCCUUGACCUUGGCAUACACACUCACCAGUUUCUGUUGGUUACGGCCCUUUGCGUUGUCUUUGUUUUUGGUUUGUGCAUCUCCCCCCGCCCCCCCCCCCCACCCUCCGCCCAGACCCAGCAUCUCCAUUUUCUUUUCCUGGUGAACAAAUGUCCCUGGAUGAGGAAAGAAUGAGUGGAUUCUCCCCCAGAGAGGCAGAAGGAUCGAUCUGUAAAAGAACAGACAGAAAAGCUGUAGUAUUCAAACCACCACUGGGCCAAUGUAUUUCCGAAGGAUGCCUUUCUCGCCAUAUGCCUCCCCUUGCCCCCAACCCGUUCGCCUUGGCCUUGUCAGUUGCUGAGCUGGGCUUGGCUCCUUUCUGGAAAAUGACAGUAUUUUUGGCAGGGAGAGAGUGGGCAGGCCGCCUCGCCUCGCUCUGGGUCACUCGGGAGGUGGGCUUACCUCUUGCUCCUUGCUCUCACCCUGCCCCUUCCUCCAGAGCAUCCAAGACAAGAACCGCACUGACUCUGAAGAAGGAGUUUGAGGAACAGGACUGGGCGCUGAUGGGAAAGACUUCAACUCCAGUGACCGUGUACCUCAAGCAGAAGAAAAUCGGGCGUCCGGUCCCUGGGGAGCUGGGCUCACCUCCAGAGAGAAGAAAAGGACUGGGUUUCGACAUCCUUCUUCCCCAUCAGUGAAACCCAGGAUGUGGGAGAGGGGACCUGGCCCGCUGCGUGGAGGGCAGAGGGCGCCCCCCCCCACCUGGUCGGGGAUCUCCACCGCUGUCCUCACAGAGAUGGGACCACGUGAUGCAAAAGCUUUGCUGGUGUGUUUGGGGGUGACAGGUGGUGCUCCCCCUUUCGCCUCUAGCAGAUAGCAUCUCGCUCAAUUCUGUACGAUGCUGAAACCGGUGUUUUACACGGUGCGUGGAUGGGGCCCGGCUGCCCCUGAGACUGAACCAGUGUGUGUCCUUUCCUUGGGGUAUUUACAUAUCAGGAGAGCCCGUGGGAACACCGCGCUGACAAGUGCUGUAGAGCCUGGCCUGGGGACUCCGCACCCUUCGUAUGCCUUAUGCAGCUCUGAUUCCGGCCCUGCAGUUCCCAGGUUCCCAGCCCCUCCCUGCAAGCCUUGAAGCCUCCAGCAACGUCUGUCUCAAGGAGACCGGGGCGGCCUAUGCGAGCAUCACAGCAGAACCAGAAGCAGCCGCUCGACACGUGCCCUGCCACCCGUGGCCCCAGAUGGAGACCCUCGCAGACCGCAGUUCUCAGAGACCGAAGGCUCUGCCUUCGUCCACCCCACCUAAUCCGUUUUUGAAACCAAAGGUACCUAGCCUCAGAGAGAGAUCUUGAGCCUAAGAGCAGCCCGGUAGCUGUGGCUGCUGCUAGAGUUGGUUUCCGGAGGGUGAGGCUGACCCCUAGGAAUGGCCACACACGCACAGCGUCAGAUUAGAGCCUCCAGCUGCUUGCCGGGGGGGCAGCCUGGGCAGGAACAGGGCUGUGUCCUUCAGAGAACUUAUUAAACCAUCGUCUGCCACCCGUUCAAGCCACAAAGG